CUUUUGGUAAGCUUACUUAAUGAUCUUUACCAUUUAAUCAUGGCAGAAGGACCUCCUCCAGUUCAUGCUCUAUGCAGUGCUGAAGAGCCUGAAGAAAUACAGAAGAGAUCUGCUUUUGGCAGUCGGUUCUUGGAAGAUCCUUCUCAAGUGUUUGAGCACAAUGCAUGGGACAAUGUGGAAUGGGAUGCGGCGCAGGAGCAACUGGCACUGGACAAGGUGACAGAGAACGCUACCUCUAAAAUGACCCCAGAGGAGCAAACCAAGUACGAGCAAGGAGCAGCUGGUUACUGGCAUAGCUUUUACCAACAGCACCAAAACAGAUUCUUCAAAGACCGUCACUGGCUGUUCACUGAGUUUCCGGAAUUGAAAGGCUCCAGGCAGGGAGACAAGUUCAAAGUGUUUGAAGUGGGAUGCGGUGCUGGCAACACUGUAUUCCCUAUCCUGCAGACUAACACUGACCCUAACCUGUUCAUCUACUGUUGUGAUUUUGCUGAAUCAGCAGUCGAGAUUGUAAAGUCACAUGACCUCUAUGAUACGGCUCGAUGUCAUGCAUUCCAGUACGACAUUGGGUCACAUGACAAGCCCCUCCCAUUCCCACCACAAUCGAUUGACCUCGUCAUUCUCAUCUUCGUGCUGUCUGCACUUCAGCCAGAAAAAUUUCAGAUGGUGAUAAACACACUGUCAGAGUGUCUACGCCCUGGAGGCAUGAUCCUGUUCAGAGACUAUGGGAGACACGACAUGGCUCAGCUGAGGUUCAAGAAAGGGAAAUGUAUAUCUGAUAACUUCUAUCUCCGUGGCGACGGUACGAGAGUUUUUUUCUUCACUGAAGGAGAAGUGGACUCUCUGUUGACGAGUGCUGGACUGGUGAGGGAGCAGCUGUACACUGACAGGCGUCUCCAGGUCAACAGAGGGAGGCAGGUCAAGAUGUACCGAGUCUGGGUGCAAGCUAAGUACAGGAAAAUGGAGGAACAGCCUCAACGAGACAAAACACAAUCACAUGUAGAAACUUAAAAUUGUGUCACUGUGUGUUAAUUGUGAAAUUGUUUAUAAUUAUGCAAAUUGCGGUCAUGAUAUCAUUAAUUGCUUUA